AGGUAGUAGAACAUCGAGACUCCCAUAGAAAAACAGAUUAAGGAACAGUACUGUCUAAAGAGAACAAUGUACUAAAGUGCCUUCAUUGGAAAAGAAACGAGUUUUAAUUUGUUGUCAAAGGGAGGAUGAAUAGUGAGGAAGAGUUUUAUGAUGCCGUUACAGGGUUUGAAUCAGAUGAUUCUGAAACCAGAAUGGAUCCAAUGGUGUCAGAUGAUUCAUUGAGUUUGUUCAGUAAAAGUGAAAGCAGUGCAUCUGAACAAAAUGUUCACAACAGAGAACCAACCCAAGAAAAUGGAAUUAAGAAACAUAGAACUUCUUUACCAGCUCCAAUGUUUAGUAGAAAUCAAUUAAGUUUGUGGAGUAUUUUAAAGAAAUGCAUUGGACUGGAAUUGUCAAAAAUUACUAUGCCCAUUAUAUUCAAUGAACCUUUGAGCUUUCUGCAACGAAUUACAGAAUACAUGGAACAUACGUAUCUCAUCCACAAAGCUUCUAUGCUUUCUGAUUCAAUAGAAAGAUUACAGACUGUAGCUGCAUUUGCAGUUUCUGCUGUCGCAUCACAGUGGGAAAGGACUGGAAAGCCGUUCAACCCACUACUGGGUGAAACCUAUGAACUUAGAAGGAAUGAUCUGGGAUUUAGGCUUAUUUCUGAGCAGGUUAGCCAUCACCCACCAAUCAGUGCAUUUUAUUCAGAAGGCGUAAAUAAGGAUUUCGUUUUCCAUGGUUCUAUCUAUCCAAAGCUUAAAUUUUGGGGAAAGAGUGUCGAAGCAGAACCACGUGGAACUAUCACACUAGAACUUAACAAACACAAUGAGGCCUACAGUUGGACAAAUCCUUCAUGUUGUGUACAUAAUGUUAUAAUUGGCAAACUAUGGAUAGAACAAUAUGGAACAGUAGAAAUUGUGAAUCAUAGUACCGGUGAAAAAUGUUUGCUGCAUUUCAAACCAUGUGGGCUUUUUGGAAAGGAACUGCACAGAGUUGAAGGAUACAUUCAAGACAAAAGUAAAAGGAAGGUGUGUGUAAUAUAUGGCAAAUGGACUGAAUGUCUGUGGUGUGUGGACACUAACACAUAUGAGGCAUACAAGAAAAAUGAUAAAAAGGGUGGAGAACAAAAGAAAUUUAAGGAGCCAGAAGAUGAUGUACGAACUGAAAAUGAUGAAGCUGAUGACAUGCCUGAAAUUCAGGAAACUGUGCAAGUUAUUCCUGGAAGCAAACUGCUUUGGAGGAUAGCAGCAAGGCCUUCUCAUUCUACUCAGAUGUAUAAUUUCACUAACUUUGCAAUGACGUUGAAUGAACUGGAUGAGGAAAUGAAGAAUGUUUUAGCUCCAACCGAUUGUCGUUUUCGACCAGAUAUAAGAGCUAUGGAAAAUGGAAAUAUGGAAAUUGCUGGUGCAGAGAAAGAAAGAUUAGAAGAAAAACAGAGAGCUGCUCGUAAAGAAAGGUCCAAAAAUGAAGAGGAAUGGAGAACAAGGUGGUUUCGACAGGAUAUUAAUCAGCACACACGAACAACAGACUGGAUUUACACAGGAAAGUACUGGGAAAGAAAUUACGAAGAUUGUCCUGAUAUUUACUGAAGAUUUUGUUCUCGAAUAUCGUUGAAUGUCGAUCAAAUGACUUUAACAUUUCUACUACUUCUAAAUCUUCUACUCUGGUUUUGUCUGUUUUGCUUUUUUUAUUUUGUUUAACUUACACUGAUGUCAAUCCCAGAAUCUCUAACUAUAAUGUUUAUGUGCAAUAACUGAAAGGAGGUUUUGGAAAAUUUCUCCCUGCUGUUCAUAUAUAAAUAAUACAAUGCUUGAAUUGUUUUGCUAGCAUUUCUAAUCUGACAUAAUUGGGUGCUACUUCCAAGAUUCAAUGAUUACAAUAGAAAUGUUUAGUGCAGUCUCUUCCUACUCCUGCAUCCCCACUUCUACAAAUGGCUAAUGUGAAUUUAUCCAGUUUGUAGCUGAACCACACAGAAAGUUGGAGGGUGGUGGCUGAGAGAUGAGAGGGUGUCCAGAUUUGAUCCCUGAGGUUGACUAUUUUCAGCUAGGAUAUGGGCGCUACAAAUGGUUGUGUCGUACCUGGGUUAAGUAAGAAUAAGCUGUUAAGGGGGUUAUAGGGAUAAAGCGCUGAGGGUAUCAUACCCCAAAGCAAACCAGUAGCCCCUUGUUGGUUAAUAUGUGCAUGUGUAAAUGAUAGGUGAGGACAAACUUGAGUGCAUUGUGAAUCUACUUAUGCAGAAAUAUCCUGCCGACAGACACUACAAAGGUUCACAGCUGAAUAUUGGCAACUUGGAUGAAGUAUCAGAGAGCAGCUAGUGCCCAUGGAACUACACAAAGGUGUCUUCAAGAGAAAAAUGGAGGAAACCUGGCAAGAUAAAAGAUACAUUUAAACAUGCUUUGCUUGUGGCUAUGUCUUGAAAACUUGGUACUUGCAUUUUAAAUGCUUAAUCAAACUAAUUCAGUAUACAUACAUCUGAAUAAAGGUUGCAAUUCAAUUAGAAUGAUGUAUAAACAUAAACUUUCUAUUGCUUUUUCCUAAUUUGUUCACCAAGAAAUAGAAUUUCACGUCAGUACAGAAGUGUUGAUCUGUACAGUAAGUGGUUACAAUUUAAUGUACAUUUUUAAUAAAUGUGUUGGGAGUAGGGAAAGGAAUUGGUUCAAAAAUAGAGCUCCAUAAAUGACUUCUCAGUAAACCAGACAAUUGUACUAAAACUUGUUAGAUGCUUUUCAAUGAACCUGUAGAUUGGUGAAGGUAAUUUAAUUACAGCUGUUAAGCAGCCUAUAACCAAAACAGUUCAGCGGUGUUGUACACCUUAAUGUCAAAAAAUCUUAUUUAAAAAAGAAGCCCUUUUGUUGAUUUCAUAUUUUCUGAGAACGUGAAUAAAUUUUCUCACUUCGGUUUUGGUGUUGCUUCUUUGAAAUUUACACACUUAAACUUCCAUCUGUUCCUUACCUGAAGUAUUGCUCUCUGGAUGAAUGCCUUUGUUUUUGGCUGCCUGGAACAGCAGAAUGUCGUGUAAUGGAUUUCUGUUAUUAGUAAUAGAUAUCUUUGGCAACAUGUCAGGACAUCAGUGGGGAAGGUGAUUUUUGUUUUACAAGUCUUAAAAAGUUGAAGUUGAAAGAGUAGAAAUGUCAGUAGCCCUUCUCUUCAUUCAUUCCUUUUUAUUUCAAUCCCCCAACUCUCUGUGAGAGUGGCCAUUUGUUUUACCAGUAGCUGUUUUGCAUUAAUACACUCACUAAUGCAUGUUUUGAAUGUCCCCAGAUUUGUACUAUUUUGAAAAUGUAAUAAUGCCAGGAUCUGCUUGCAUCAUUGUUUAUGUGGAUCAAAAAAAAGUGUAUCUGUGGAUAUUUUAUUGCCAAAGUGAUCUUUAUUUUAUCUGUGUGCUUGCGUGUAGGUGUUCUGAAGCCAUAAUGUUAAAAUGUUAUGUCAACUUGAAUUCACAGACACAGUUUUGUGGAAUAGAAAAUCAAACUGUACAAAGAUAAAAUAUACUUUCACUGGGCUUGAAAUUAUGGGAACUUUUGCUAAUAAAUUAGUGAAUUUUA